AUGCCCGGUUCUACUACCAUCACACCAACCACCCCAUGCGGCACGGAAACAGUGAUCAUUGCAACUUGCACUGAAGCUACUACGACCAUUACGACUUCGGGGACUAUGCCCGGCUCUACUACCAUUACGCCAACCACCCCAUGUGGCACGGAAACAGUCAUCAUCGCUACCUGCACCGAAGCUACUACAACCAUCACGACUUUGGGAACUAAGUCCGGUUCUACUACCAUUACGCCAACCACCCCGUGCGGAACGGAAACAGUGGUCAUCACAACCUGUGCCAAGCCCGUUCCAACCGGUCACCACUGGAAUUCCGGCUGGUAG